CGUGAUGUGAGAGAAGCGCAGGAAAGCUCCUAACCCCAAACGCGCUCCUCGAUGACUCGCUGUGCGUUUUGGAGACAGGUACGGCUGCAUUUUACGCAUGCAGAACACACUUCAGCAGCAGCUCGCACACACGCACAGAUAUGUCAUGCUUUCCGAUACAUAAUACACAUUAACUUAGUCCGUCUUUAGCACGCGCAUUAGACGUGGAUCGCCUUUCCCACUACUAGAUCCUUGAGUGUACCCCAGUGCUGGAGUUGUUCACAAGAAAAGGAAAAUGCAAGUAUUUUCUUGAUUGUUUUUUUUUUUUUUUUUCACUUUAUGUUAAGGACAUCAUCGGACCUAUGUUGAAUGAAUAAACUACACUAAGGAGCAUGGGUUUAUUCAAAAACGAAACGCUGUGGUCUGAGGAUCAGCUGGACGCGAACCGCACGGACAGUGAGCCUCUCAGUCCGGAGGUGGUGAUCGUCCCGGUUAUAUUCGGAUGCAUCUUUUUUUUGGGAAUUGUCGGGAACACUUUGGUCAUGGUGGUCAUCGGGAGGAUCAAGUCGAGACGCUCGAGAAGCACAACUAAUAUUUUCAUCCUGAACCUCAGCAUAGCGGACCUUUCUUUCCUCCUCUUCUGCGUGCCCUUCCAAGCCACUAUUUACUCGCUCCCCGAGUGGGUUUUCGGCGCCUUCUUGUGCAAGUUCGUGCACUACGUCUUCACUCUGAGCAUGCUGGUGAGCAUCUUCACGCUCGUCGCCAUGUCGGUGGACAGGUACGUGGCCGUGGUGCUCUCCAAGAAGUCGCCGUGUAUACGGAACCGCAGGAACGCGCUCGCCGGGGUGUGUGUGAUCUGGGCUUUGUCGUUCGUCUUCGCCGUGCCCGUGGCGCAGCAUCAGGUUCUGACUAAUCACCCGGAAGCCCCGAACAGCUCCUUCUGCUGGGAGAUCUGGCCUGAGCCUGUGGCCAGGCGCACAUACAAAGUGACCAUUCUGGUCACUGGGUAUCUGUUACCGCUACUUUUGAUCACAUGCUGCUACACUAAGGUGUUGUAUCACCUUCAUAAAAAAAUAAAGAAUAUGUCCAAGAAAUCUGAGCGCUCAAAGAGAAAGACAGCGCAGACCGUGCUACUGGUUGUGGCAGCAUUCCUCUUCUGCUGGAUGCCCCACCAUAUCAUUGCCAUGUGGGUGGAAUUUGGAGACUUCCCCCUGAACGAUGCCUCCUUUGCGUUCCGGAUCAUGUCUCACUGCUUGGCCUACGGAAACUCCUGCGUCAACCCCAUUCUCUACGCCUUCCUCUCUGAGAACUUUCGGAAGGCCUGCCGGCAGGCCUUCACCUGCCAUCUCUUCUACUCGCCCCCGCCUGUGAAGAAAAUAGCACGGAUCCGGAUGGAGAAUUUCUCCACCACGCACUCCACAACUAACGUGUGAGAGAGAACUGACAAGCUCUGAAACUGAGCCACCUUGAAAAUAUUCCACUUACAAUCCGUAUUCCGCUGAAGAUUAAUCCCGUCGCUGCUGUUCAAACUAAUAAUAUAGCGGCGUAUCUACAGCUUGCUGGAAAUGCAGGCUGGAAAUUCAAUAGCGUGGCUAGCUUUGGGAAAAGAACGUUCUACAGUUACCUAUUCACGGGUAGCCUUGAGAGAUGGAAGCACGGACAGACACGUUUUCAUGUCCAGAGCAGCUGAGAGAAGGUGACGCUCUGAUCAUCUAACUGAAAAACAUCCAUCCUGGUGUUGCUCAGUAAAUAGUGUUCAGUUUGUAUUUUUUUUCCAGUGAAACUUUGCUAGUCUGCCAUAUUUGUGUGCUAUAAUUUGCUAACUGACUUGUUUACAUGGUUAAAUGUGUUGUGUAAUGUGCAGAUCUUCAGAAUAAAGGAAUGAACACGCACAUGGACAUUAUCACAAUAGCUUUAAUAACGUUCCUCACAUCACAGGCCAUGUCCACUCCCAGAUACAGAUACGUGUGAAAUGAUUUUUUUGGGCUUUGUCAUCCUUAAGGAAUCUUUUUUUUUUAGUGUAUAUAUAGUAGAUAAAUGAAAGGAAUAGAAUAUAUAAAUAUACAAGUUACUAUAUGUUACACAUAUAGUAGCUUACAUGAAAGAAACGGAAACAUUCAUGACCUUUAUCUUAGGAUAGAUCCAUGAGGGAUCCUUUUAUUUUAGAACACAUACAAAACGUAAGGCGUGUUAAUUUGUGUGUGUGUGUUGGGGGGGGGGGGGUUAGUUAAACUUAUCUGUUAAUUGAAAACACUUAUCUGCGUUUUCAAUUACACUUAUCUCGCCUAAACACUACAUACUGACUCUGCAGCUAUUCUACAAACAAUAUUUUGUGGUUUCUCCAUUUUUGCUGCAGUGAGUUGCAUCAAACCAUGGAAACUGUGAUAUUUCCGUGUUCAGUUAACGCAUGUUAUUUGCAUCAUAAGCCUUGAAAAACAUAUUCUAUCAUUAUUCUGACUUUACAACUAAUAAAUUAAGUUAAUUUUAAAUUUAAUAUCUCACUAUAUCAACUUACUAAUUUCAAUAAAAUGUUAUUAUUUUGAUAUAACUCCAUAUUUCAACAUCAAUACUUUUACUUUAGAUCUCUUUAUACGAACACAAUGAUAAUUCCUCGAGAUCUUAUGUUGUUGUUUCGAUUUAAUGACUUAAUAUUAUAUUACUAUGUCUCACAUCACCCCACAAUCUACAGUGGAACCUCGGCAUACGAAUUUUAUUUGUUCUGGAGGAGAGUUCUUAAGGCGAAUAUUUUUAUUGCAAGACAAAUUUUCCCAUAAAUGAUAAUGUAAAUGCAGAUAAUCCGUUCCAGCCGCCCAAAAAUAUGACCAAUAUGCGAAGUGUUUGUAAACUGUAUGGCUGCUUACAAAGAACUGACCCAAGCCAAGGAUUCCAUGUCAAGGCUCCUCACAGGAAGUCGUGCCACCAAGCUUGGGCUAAAAAUUGGACGUACCACCCACGCCACCGAUCUGUCAACAAUAAAACGCACGGAAAAUCACCUAGCUUUUGAAUGCAUGCCGAAGGCAAUGUUGGGAUCGUGGGUUGACUCCUUUGAAACAGCUUUCACUGACUGAAAAAAAUUGUAAAACUCUCUUCAGUUGGCUUUCCACUGUUCUGAACGGCUCCCGAGCGUAUGCACAACUUAGCCGGCGUUCAACUCGGUUCGUUCAUGUGCCGAAAAUUCUCCGUAUGCCGAGGUUCCACUGUAUUAAAUACGGCUAGUUUACUGAAUUCAUUUGUAACGCUGUAGAAAAGUGUAUCUGUACCGGUGUGGACAUGACCUGGAACAACCAGCCGUUUCUCCUUAAAACAAACUGAUGUUAUGUCUGUGAAGUUAUACUGUGGACGAUGUUUUGCAUAAACUUGUAUAGCAAACUGUCACUUCAUUGUUUCGUGAUCUUUAAGCGUUCAGACGAGAGGAGACGUAAAAGCAUCAGAGGUCAAAGUUCAGCUGUGAGACUAUUCAGUGAGACAGGAAGGCUAGAGUGCUCAUAUAAAGCAGAUCCCUUCACCAUAUGCCUUUCGUAGCCUGCCACUCAGCCGGCUUCUGGGUAUUUCCUGCUUUGAUGUGGAACGGAUACAAAGCAGACCUGGAAGCAAAGAGACUGAAAAUUGACAGCAAGCAGACUUACUCUUUGAGUCCCUUUGGAAAAAAAAAAAACAUGAAAUGAUAAAAUUCUAGUCUGAUAAUUAGGAAAAUGAAAGUACGAUGCUUCGUUCUCAAAGGAAAAGCUUGUGAUGCUGCUCCACAAGAUUUGUUUUGAAGCUGUAAUUCGAGCACGGUGCUGGUCUGGGAGAAAGUCCAUCAGUGUUCUUCCCUGUUUAUUUUGCUCCGGAUCGAUGUUUAUGAAACGCGCUGCACCCUCACUUUAAAUAUAGGCCUAUACCAUGGCAACCCUGCUGUUAUUCUGUGAUAAUAAACAGUGGGUGGCAGACCGCGCACUCAUCCUUCAUCCCUCGCUCUUCACUACAGUCGUCAUCUCAAACCAGAGCUGUUUAUAUAGCGCAGAGUAACAGCAUUUACUAUCUAUUAAAAAAAAAAAAAAAAUGGUUAUGACUUUUAUCGAGGGUGAAAUGUAGUGGAAACGUGAAAGGAAGCUGCUCAGAGUUCGGACACCGGGCUGGAAUACGGAAAUGGGACAAUUUCAAAAGUUAUUUCACACAUUUAAACAACUUGAAAAAUAGGUUUUCGAAUUUAUUCUGAUUGAAAAAAGUGAAAAUAAAAUUUGUUAAUAUUAAUAUACAGGUUCCUUACAGUCUCUAAAGCAGGAAAUAACCCUAACUGUUUAUACAAAGCAUCGUAGAAGUAUUAAAGCAUUGGUAUUUUGUAAUUAUUAUAAAGUAUUUUUUUCUGAUUUGAACAAACUAUUUAUAAACGCUAUGAAAAGUGUCAUGGUGGAUCCAGAGAUGGGAGAAUACACCCUCGGUAUGAUAUCAGACAAUACCGGAGCACCACACACACACACACACAGAGCUAUUGUAGAUACUUAAAUCCAGUGACUGUCAGGUUCUGUUUAGGAAACUGAGCCAUGGUGGCAAAUGAUUAUAAGGAUCCAGUCACCAAGCUGCCACUGUUGGGCCCUUAAGCUUAACCCUUUCUACUCCAGAUGACCCUGUUAUCUGACCCCAACUUCCAUCAAGCUGGGAUAUGUGAAGAAAAGGAUUUCACUGUGCUGUGCUGUGAUGUAUAUAUGACAAAUAAAGACUUUUAAGACUAAUCUGUAGGAAGAACAUGCAAAAGUCUGCAAAACACAGAGACUAACCGGGGCUCGGGGGACCCUGGAGCUGUGAGACAGUGUGAAAUAACUUGCAUACGAAAAGAAGAGCGAGAUGUAAAAAGAGCGAGACGUGUCUCAUUAUGCUGUUGUUUGUUUUUUUGCAGAGCAGACAACCUUGUUUUUCUAUCUUAGUCAACCUUCCGCACAAAUGUUUUCUUGCGUCAUUCAAACGAUUUCUUGGUUAUUUCCUCUCCUUUUCCCAGACACCCUGCAGGCCAGAAAAGCAUCAGCAGUAACCCUGUUUCAAGCCUUUAUCCAAUAAACGCAGCAUACUAAUGAAAAUGAAUCAGACAGUGCUGUGAAGGAUUUCUGUAUUGCAAGCUACAAGUACUACACUGAGAAAAUCAAUACAAACACUUACAAAGAGAACUGCUCCUGGGAACCUUUUACCACAUUGAAUAUAAACACCUUUUACUCUUUUACUGUAAAUGCAGAACACUGUACCGUUUUAUCUGAUGGCACGCCUUUCUUCAACUCAAUAAACCAACACGUGGAAAAAAUCAGCACCUUUCUCAUUAAUCCUAUUAUUACAAAUCAUAAAAAGACAGCAAGAGAGAGUGCAAAGGUUUGCACAGCCUCAGGCAAGGAAUUUCAUUUCUAACCACAAGAC